CUUUGAAACUUCAAGGCGAUUGAUAGAAAAUGACAUCCGUGUUUGCAGUAAUUUCGUGAAUGGUUGUUUACUCGCCUAGCACAAUCAAUCAAAAAUAAUAUUAAACUCAAUAAUGUAAAUGUAUAUAGGUUUCGUUUUUUGUGGUGUUCGGUAAUGUGAUUCCGUUGCAAAAGUGACCGAACCCGUACUCCAAACGCACAUCAAAAUGUCAGGCAGGAAUCGUCCCAUUCAACACAAAAAUUUAUCAACGAUAUUUUCGAAACUGCAAGGUGCUUUUACCGACGUAAUGACCCAUCCAAAAUACGCCACGGAUAAACGAACUCUAGACAAGACUUGGAAACUAAUGGAUAGAGUGGUGAAGUAUUGUCAGCAGCAAAAGAUGAACUUGAAAAACUCGCCCCCCUUCAUUCUGGAUAUUUUACCGGAUACGUAUCAAAGAUUAAGGCUUAUUUAUUCGAAAUACGAGGAUAACAUGUCCGCUUUACACAACAUUGAAUAUUUUAACGUGUUUAUUAUUAAUUUGAUGCGAAAGUGCAAGCAAGCCAUCAAACUUUUCAAAGAAGGCAAAGACAAAAUGUUUGACGAAAACUCACAUUAUAGGCGAAAUUUAACCAAGUUAAGUUUAGUGUUUAGUCAUAUGUUAAGUGAAUUAAAGGCACUGUUCGCUACCGGUUUCUUUGGGGGUGAUCAGUUCCGAAUAACAAAGUCCGAUGCUGCUGAAUUCUGGAAAACCAACUUUGGCAAUAGCACAUUAGUUCCUUGGAAGAUAUUCCGCGAAGAACUGAACAAGAUACACCCGAUCAGUUCAGGCCUUGAGGCCAUGGCCUUAAAAUCCACCAUCGAUCUUACUUGUAACGAUUACAUAUCUAAUUUUGAGUUCGAUGUGUUCACUAGAUUAUUCCAGCCGUGGACGACGUUGCUGCGCAACUGGCAAAUCCUGGCCGUGACGCAUCCCGGCUACGUGGCCUUCCUCACCUACGACGAGGUGAAGGCUCGCCUGCAGCGCUACAUCAACAAGGCGGGUUCGUACGUGUUUCGUCUCUCUUGCACCAGGCUGGGCCAGUGGGCCAUCGGCUACGUCACGCCGGACGGCGAAAUCCUGCAAACGAUCCCGCAGAACAAGAGCCUCAUUCAGGCGCUGCUCGACGGAUACCGGGAAGGAUUUUACCUCUAUCCCGACGGUAGGUCGGUGAAUCCCGACCUGUCCUGGGCCGUACAACCGAGCCAGGAGGAUCACAUAGCCGUCACGCAGGAGCAGUACGAGUUGUACUGCGAAAUGGGCAGUACGUUCCAGUUGUGCAAGAUUUGCGCGGAGAACGACAAAGACGUCAGGAUUGAACCCUGCGGCCAUUUGUUGUGUACCCCGUGUUUAACAGCUUGGCAAAUGGGUUCGGAGGGCCAGGGUAGUCAGGGCUGUCCCUUCUGCAGGGCGGAGAUCAAGGGGACGGAGCAGAUCGUGGUGGAUCCGUUCGAUCCGAAAAAGUCGCACAAUAUAAAGAACUGCCUGUCGGCGUCGCAGAACGUUUCGAAUUUGGAGGACGAGGAGGAAUUCGAGGAUCCGGGAGAGUUGUGGAACUGCGCGGGAAGUAGUUUACACGCCUUAGCACUGAAGCCUCGCACUGACAUCUCGCAGUCCGCCAGCCCGAUGAUAUCCCCUGGCAGCAGCCCGCGGUUCCUGAGACGCAACCCGCCGGGCACCGUGGUGGUCCCUACCGCGGCGCCUCCUCCCUUGCCGCCACGCAAGAGCUCCCCCACCCACGAAUCGCCGCCUGCGGUGCCCACCACGUCGCAACAGGCCGCCCUCAGCGAAGCACAAUCACAGUCUGUGACCAACCUGAGCCAUCACACGAUCGAAGUGCCGCCGCCACUGCCCAAGAGCAACUCGAUGCUGGAGAUGCACCGGAGCCUCGAGAACGCCGCGCCGUCGGAGCCUCCGCUCGAGCUGAGCACUCCGGAGACCAUCGUGGGCCUGGUCGUUUCCAAUUGUGAUAAUAAUGUGAUCGACACGAGCAAGGCGCAGACGAGGCACCUGAGCUGUCCCAGUAACAGGACGGCGCCCAAGGCGGUACCGCCCAAGUCCAACACCAGUCCGAACAUCGGCAAGACGGGGUACGCGAACGUCGAUGCGGAACUGCCGCCCAAAUACAAGAAGAAGAUCAAUCCGCUGGAGCGGGAGGCGAACGUGUCGUAUGAGAACCUGAACAUGGACUACAUCAAGAAGCUGGUGAGCGAGGGGUACUCACGCGAUUCGGUGAUCAAGGCGCUGGGAAUCACGCGGAACAACAUCGACAUGGCGUGCGAUAUUCUGCACGAGUUCGGCACGAAAUUGGGAUAGCGGAACGGGGCUGUCACCUAAUUCGUACAAUUUGUAACUGCUGUCGUUGGUGCUGUUUCGAUUUGAAAUUGUAGCAGGUAGCGGCAGCGAUAAUCAAACGAUACACCAUAGGAAACCAGCCUAAUGGAACGUUGUCCAUCUCAGACAAGUAAUUACUCUGGAAGAAUUUGAUUUAUUCUUAAAAUUAAAAAUUCAAAAAUAAGCAUAAGAAAAAUCAGUGACGACGAGUAUACAGGGUGGUUCGAAUUGUAUUCGGGAAACUUCGGCAGCAUAUGAAAAGGAAGGGAAACUGAACGGAUAGUAUGCAUUGUCCUAUUUAAUAAAAUUAUAUAAGGAUUCUUGUGCCACUUAACUGCUGAUA